AUGACUCGGUAUCGUACAUUAUGGCUGCUUCUGUCAUUUCUAUUUAGUAUAAGCAAUGCAGAAUUGGUCAUUGGUCAAGACGAUUUGAGCGAGGAAUUAGCUGGCCUUUUUACAAUUGAAGGAAAAGUAUUUGCUCCAGAGACACAAACCAAAGGACAAUCUGAGACUUCAAUAUCUGUAAAUGGUGGAGAAUAUAAAGGAUUUUUACGUGAUGAUGGUACAUUUAUUAUAAGCAGUGUACCAUCUGGAAGUUAUGUGUUGGAAGUACACAACCCCGACUUUUAUUAUGAACCAGUACGUGUGGAGAUUAAUCCCAAGGGUAAAUUCCGCGCUCGUAAAGUAAACUAUGUACAGCCUUCGCAAAUCAUUCAAGUACCAUACCCUUUGAAGCUUAAAGCUUUUACUCGUUUCAAGUACUUCCAGACACGUGAGCAAUGGAAGAUCACAGAUUUCUUAUUCAAUCCAAUGGUCUUGAUGAUGGUUCUACCACUUUUAGUUAUGCUUGUUCUACCAAAAAUGAUCAAUGAUCCAGAGACCAAAAAGGAAAUUGAAAGUAUUCAGUUUCCAAAAGUGAGUAACGAGAUGCCAGAGAUCAGCGAAAUGAUCACAUCGUUUUUCUCGAGCGCCAAACCACCCGAGAAAGAAAAGAAGCCAAUUUCAUCCAAACAAAACAAAAAGCGGAACUGAACGAAACACGCUUUAUUAUAUUAAACCUAAUUACCCAUUAUAAAAUGAUUAUGUAAAGUUUAUAGAAGUAUUAAGAGCCUCAAAUAAAUUAUUGGCGUACUUGGGUUUA